GUUUAAACUGAAUAUUUGGGACGUAGGCGGUCAGAAGUCACUGCGCUCCUACUGGAGGAACUACUUUGAGAGCACAGAUGGGCUGGUGUGGGUGGUGGACAGCGCAGACAGACUCAGACUGGAAGACUGCAGACAGGAGCUCAGCGCACUCCUCCUGGAGGAGAGGUUAGCUGGUGCAACGCUGCUGGUUUUUGCCAACAAACAGGAUUUACCAGGAUCUCUGUCCAAAGAGGCAAUACGAGAGGCGCUGGCCCUGGAUAACAUCAAAAGUCAUCACUGGUGUAUCAUUGGUUGCAGUGCAGUAACAGGAGAGAACUUGUUAGCUGGCGUGGACUGGUUAUUAGAUGACAUCGCUGCGAGGAUCUUCACUGCCGACUGAAUGUUUAACUGCAGACCAGCUGGUCUCUGUUCAUGACCUGCCGCCUUAAGUGACUGAAUGCUUUUAUACUUGUCCCAUCAACUAAGGAUUUACCCAGCAGUCCUGGGUUUGCACUGAUUUAAAGGAGACUUACCAUAGUUUACUUGUAUGAACCCAGUAAUAAAAGUUCAUCCAUUCUUGUGGCAAAACACUGCAGUUGCCUUCUUACAACAUCCACACUUGAUUCUUGCAGACAACUUGUUAUGCUCAUCUUUAUGUACUCUAAAGUUCUCUUUGACAUGCAAUUCUUUGCAAAUUCUGGUUGUAUCACAAGCUCCCACAGAGACAAAUUUUGUGCUUUCCACCAUUCUUGCACAGGCCAGUUCUGCAUAAUUUGUCAUCUCAUCUAUCAGCCUCAAGCUAAUUCUGACAGUUAGCAUUUAAGUUUGAUUUAAUUUGUGCUACAACACAAAGC